AUGACCAACGAUGUGAAUCCGCCUCCUCAAGAGGCUGUAAACGCCCUGCCUGAUGAGACUAGAAAUGCAGUGCUGGUUCAGUCCGAGGCCAUGCCAGAGGGCGCACCAAAAGUUGAGGACUUUGAUUUCAACAAAUUCAAAGGCCGGCCUAUAACUGCCGAGGAUUUGUUACUAGGCAUGCAGAAUAUGGGGUUCCAGGCUUCUUCCAUUGGCGAUGCUGUCAGGAUUAUCAAUGGCAUGAGGGAAUGGAGAGAUCCUGAGACGGGGGACAAGACCACCAUCUUCCUAGGCUACACCUCCAACAUGAUCUCAUCUGGCCUCCGUGGCGUCUUUCGUUAUCUCGUGGAGCACAACCACGUCUCAGCCGUUGUCACAACAGCCGGCGGUAUUGAGGAAGAUUUCAUCAAGUGCCUCGGAGACACCUACCUUUCCAAAUUCAGCGCGCCCGGCUCCGAGUUGCGCAAGAAGGGCAUGAACCGCAUCGGAAAUCUCGUCGUCCCGAAUGCAAACUACUGCGCCUUUGAGGACUGGGUUGUCCCCAUCCUGGAUAAGAUGCUUGAAGAACAGGAAGCCAGCAAAGGAACCGAGGAGGAGAUCAACUGGACUCCGUCAAAAGUCAUCCAUCGCCUCGGCAAGGAGAUCAACGAUGAGCGCUCAGUCUACUACUGGGCUUACAAAAACAAUAUUCCCGUCUUCUGCCCUGCUAUAACCGACGGUAGCCUUGGGGACAUGCUCUAUUUCCACACGUUCAAGUCGUCUCCCCUCCAGCUAAAGAUUGACUUGGUCGAGGAUAUUCGCAAGAUCAACACAAUGUCUGUUCGUGCCAAGAGGGCCGGCAUGAUCAUCUUGGGCGGUGGAGUUGUCAAACAUCAUAUCGCCAAUGCAUGCCUAAUGCGAAAUGGUGCUGAGUCUGCUGUCUACAUUAAUACCGGACAGGAGUUUGACGGGAGUGAUGCCGGCGCACGGCCAGAUGAAGCAGUGUCUUGGGGUAAGAUUAAAAUGGACGCCGAGAGUGUCAAGGUAUAUGUGGAGGCUACGACCUGUUUUCCAUUAAUAGUUGCGAACACAUUUGCGAAAAGUACCAGCGGAGCCAACUGA